CCUCUCUCUGACUUGUUCUUCCUCAAUCUCCGUUUCAGAUUUUUUGCCUUCUCUCAGUUCCUCUUUUCUCUCUUCCUCUCUCACUUUUAAGCCAAAGAAAACGAUUUUAUUAUUCCACUCUGUCACUUUCUUCAUCCAAAAUUUUUAUUUUCCAUCAGCAAUGCCUGCAACAGAUAAUCAAGGUUCAUUUCUGAAUCGAAUCAGUAUCCGUCGAAACCAAGUGGUUUCGAUGGAUGGUAACCAUGAACAAGAGCUGGAGGACCUCGAGCUUUUUCAGAAACAUGUGGCGAAUAGGUUCGCCGAUCUGUUGUCUCAAUCCGAGGACACUUUAGGUGAUGGGCUCCUAUCCAUCUCGUGGCUACGCAAACUCCUCGACGUGUUUCUGUGCUGCGAGGCUGAGUACAAGGCCAUUUUGUUAUUGGGUCGGGACCCUUCUCAGAUUUCGAAGCCCCCACUUGAUAAACUCGUCCCUGAGUUCCACGAUCGAGUGGUGAAAGCUCUCGAUAUUUGUAAUGCUGUGUCUCAUGCUGUCGAGACCGUGAGGAAUUACCAGAAGCUGGCUGAGAUUGCUGUGGCCGCGUUGGAGCAGAGGCCAAUUGGAGAUGGACAGGUUCGUCGAGCGAAGAAGGCUUUGAAUUCUCUGAUGAUAUUGCUCGAAGAAAAAGAGGGCAGCAACCAUAAAUGGACGAAGUUCUUAAGCAAUAAAAAACCCUAA